CUGCAUAUAAGGUUUAGAAAGGGAAAUAAUGAAAACACGUUGGAUAGGAGAAACAAUAACACAGUUUAUAAUCAUUUAAAGCGUCUUGCUCGUUUUAAGGCUGUGGUUAUUGACCCAAAUGAUCACAUCCCUUAAGUCCUCCAUCUCAGACACCCAGGUACUGACCCUGAGUUUGUUGAACUGAGCACUAUUUUGAGUUUGCUGUUUUGCAGGGUGUCAGUAGGAAUAGCGCAUUUCUACCCAGGUAGAGUUUUGUGUUUGUAAUAUAGAGACUCGUCCCUUUCUUGUUUAGUUCCCAGAUCCCUGAAUUGCUUCAGCCUCACUGGCAGAUCUAAGCACACCAUGCUGUGAAAAACAGCUUUUUAUUGAGAAUAAACCCUGUUAGUCUUAAGAGGAAGUAUCUUGGCUUCCAACAUAACGAAGCUUUUACCAGAGCAGUGUUACAGACGGUAACUUAAUGCUGUCAAGGUAACAGUCCCCGCCCCCUCCGCGCCCCGCCCCUCCCACGAACUCUGCGCGUAGCGAGUGCUCGCCCCGCCCCUGGUCGGAAGCCGCGGCUCUAAAAGCAAGAGCCCUUUCACACGGAGCCGGAAGUUGGAGAGCGCGGAGCUGAGGUCCCCGAGCGGCGUCUAAGCGUCCUUCUAGAAUUCAUUCCUUGCCUGAGUGCUUUCUUCCCUUCAUCUCGUACAUUUGAAAUUUUCUUUGACCUCUGAAGACUUGUGUUGCCUGAGGAAGCCCUGCAGUUGAGGAAGAGGAAAGAAAAGGAGUGGGACAUGGCUCUUUGUCAGGAACGACUGACCUCUGAGGAUGUGGCCAUCAAAUUUACUCAGGAGGAGUGGGAAUUCCUGGACCCUGCUCAGAGGGCCUUGUACAGGGACGUGAUGCUGGAGACCUACAGGAACCUGCUGUCUGUGGAUAUCUCUCCUACAUAUGUGAUCAAGCAUUUGCAACCCAAAGCGAACAGUGAUAAACAAGAAACAUUCCAAACAUUGAUGCCGGGAAGACCUGAAAGCUGUGAAAUCAAACAUUUUCAUCUUUGGGAAAGUCAGGAAAAUAUGUGUGACUUAGAGUGUCAGCGGGGAGAUGACAAAAGAAAUUACAAAGGGACACCUGUAAGCCUUAAUGGAAAUGUGCCUGAUGGAAGAGAUUCGCAUGAUGGAAAGAAUGCAGGCAUCAAGCCCUUUGGAAACAGGCUUGGAUUUAAGUGUCAAGAUAAACUGCAGAUAUUUCAAACUGGUGGUAUAAUUUCUGAGAAUAAUGAAGUUGAGAGGUCUGUCAACAACAGUUUCUCAUUUUCACCACUUCAAAGAAUUCCUCCUUGUUUCCAAACCAGUGUUUCUAAUAUAUAUGGGAAUGAUUUUAUGAAUCCUUCAGUAGUAUCGCAAGACCUGAAAGCACACAGGGAAAAACCUUACAAAUGUGAUGAGUGUGGCAAGGCCUUUCAUGUAAAGUCAAUCCUUUUAAGUCAUCAGAAAAUUCAUACUGGAGAGAAACCUUACAAAUGUGAUGAGUGUGGCAAGGCCUUUCGUGUAAAGUCAAUCCUUUUAAGUCAUCAAACAGUUCAUACUGGACAGAAACCUUACAAAUGUGAUGAGUGUGGCAAGGCCUUUACUGACAGCUCAAACCUCAGGAGACAUCAGAAAAUUCAUACAGGACAGAAAUUAUUUAAAUGUGAUAUAUGUGACAAAGUCUUCAGCCAAAAUGCAAACCUUGCUGGUCAUCAGAGGGUUCAUACUGGAGAGAAACCUUACAGAUGUGAUGAGUGUGGCAAGCACUUUAGGCAACCUUCACAGUUCAGAUGUCAUAAGAGAUUACAUACUGGAGAGAAACCUUACAAAUGUGAUGAGUGUGGCAAGGCCUUUACUCACAGGUCAAACCUCAGGAGACAUAAGAAAAUUCAUAUAGGAAAGAAAUUAUUUAAAUGUGAUAUAUGUGACAAAGUCUUCAGCCGAAAUGCACACCUUGCUGGUCAUCAGAGGGUUCAUACUGGAGAGAAACCUUACAAAUGUGAUGAGUGUGGCAAAGCCUUUCGUGUAAAGUCAACCCUUUUAAUUCAUCAGACAGUUCAUACUGGAGAGAAACCUUACAAGUGUGAUGAGUGUGGCAAGGCCUUUACUCACAGCUCAAACCUCAGGAGACAUAAGAAAAUUCAUAUAGGAAAGAAAUUAUUUAAAUGUGAUAUAUGUGACAAAGUCUUCAGCCGAAAUGCAAACCUUGCUGUUCAUCAAAGGGUUCAUACUGGAGAGAAACCUUACAAAUGUAAUGAGUGUGGCAAGCACUAUAGUCACUCUUCACAGUUAAUAAGUCAUAAGAGACUUCAUACUGGAGAGAAACCUUACAAAUGUGAUGAGUGUGGCAAGGCCUUUCGUGUUAAAACCUUCCUUUUAAGUCAUCAGACAGUUCAUACCGGUGAGAAACCUUACAAAUGUGAUGAGUGUGGCAAGGCCUUUCGUCAAAAGUCAACGCUUUUAAGGCAUCAGACAGUUCAUACUGGAGAGAAACCUUACAAAUGUGAUGAGUGUGGCAAGACCUUUCGUGUUAAAGCCUUCCUUUUAAGUCAUCAGACAGUUCAUACUGGUGAGAAACCUUACAAAUGUGAUGAGUGUGGCAAGACCUUUCGUGUUAAGUCAAUUCUUUUAAGUCAUCAGACAGUUCAUACUGGACAGAAACCUUACAAAUGUGAUGAGUGUGGCAAGCACUUUAGUCAGCCUUCACAGUUCAUAAGUCAUAAGAGAUUUCAUACUGGAGAGAAACCUUACAAAUGUGAUGAGUGUGGCAAGGCCUUUUGUGUAAAGUCAAUCCUUGUAAGGCAUAAAACAAUUCAUACUGGAGAGAAACCUUACAAAUGUUAUGAGUGUGGCAAGGCAUUUCAUGUAAAGUCGAUCCUUUUAAGUCAUCAGACAGUUCAUACUGGUGACAAACCUUAUAAAUGUGAUGAAUGUGGCAAGGCCUUUACUGAGAGCUCACACCUCAGGAGACAUCAGAAAAUACAUACAGGGAAGAAAUUAUUUAAAUGUGAUAUAUGUGAUAAAGUCUUCAGCCGAAAUGCACACCUUGCUGGUCAUCAGAGGGUUCAUACUGGACAGAAACCUUACAAAUGUAAUGAAUGUGGCAAGCACUUUAGUCAACCUUCACAUUUCAUAAGUCAUAUGAGAUUUCAUACUGGAGAGAAACCUUACAAAUGUGAUGAGUGUGGAAGAGUCUCUGGUCAAAAACCACGUCUUCAACCUCAUUGGAGAAUUCAUACUGGAGAGAGACCUUUCAGAUGUGAUGAGUGUGGCAAGUCCUUCAGUCAAAAUUCACACCUUACAAGUCAUCGCACAAUACAUAUAGAGAAAGCUUUCAAAUGUUUCGAGUGUGGAAAAUCCUUUACUCAGGUCUCAGCACUCACUAAACAUCAGAAAAUCCAUACAUGAGAGAAACAUAUGUGAAUGGUAUGAAUAUGGUAAAAGUCUUCAAAAUUCAAAGUUUACAAAACUCACACCCUAAUGUUGGUCAGAGAGUUCAUCCUACUGAGAAACCAUACAAAUAUCAUGAGUGUGGCAACAUCUUAGGCUUCAUGAGAAAAUUCAUACUGGAUAGAAGCCAGAUAUAUAUGUAUUUAUUAGGUCUUUAGAACAUGAAUUCAUUCUAGAAAGAUUCCUCACCAAUUUAACAAGUGUGUGGGGGGAGGGAAACAAACCCUAUCCUCACAGCUCACAUUUCGCCAGUAGUAUCAGAGUAUUUAUCCUGGAGAAAACACACAGCAAUGUAAUGUGUGUGGCAAGGUCUUACCCAAAAGUCACAAGAUUGGGACAUAGUGGAGCCAUACUUCCCAGACUGAGCGGUUGUGGCAAAUCCUUUACCUUUUUCACUAUAUGUAUUCUCUGAUGACUUUAGUUCAGGUACUCAGCCUCUGCAGUAAGUCCAUAUUUGGAGAGAAGCUAUAGAGAUCUUUUCAUGUAAAAGAAACCCGAAUAAUAACUCAACAAAGAUGAUUCUUUGGGACAGUAGUCCACCAUCUUUUUGGUCUCCUGGCUUUCUGAAUAAAGUCACUAUUCCUUGCCUGACAAGUAGUCUCUCAGUUUAUUGGGCUGUUGUGUGUGAGCUCUAAGAGCUUGGCUUUGGUAAUACAUUGAUCAAAUGCAUUUGCUACAUGCAUUUCAUGAUGGUCUCUGGGAAGGAAUCAGUGAGAUGAAGGGGCCAACUUCAUUAGAUACGAUUCAUUCACAUCUGUGUUUUCCUGGAAAAACACACAGCCUGAAUUACGAAAUUCAAUAGUGUGUGUGAAUCAACAACAGGGAGGGCGGAAAAUAACGUAAAACUAGGACAUGACUCAUGGUCAGUAGGAUCAGGAAGCCCUUCCGUACAUAGUCCAGCCUGUUAUAAAACAUACUGUUCUACCAGCUGACCUUGAACAGAGUAGGCAAGAUGUUAAAAGGACUGGGCUUUUCGUAGGAGGAGAGGGACAGUUACCAGGGACUGAUGGUGUGCUAGGAAUGAUGCAUAGGAAAAGAGUCAUGUUCUCCAUUGGAUAGAAAUAACUGUUGUAUGUAUGAUUAAAGAAGAGUCACUCUUAUUUGUGGAAAUUGAAGACAGAGCUGUCACGGUCUUUGUAGACCAGGACCUGGGGACUGGAGUCGAUGAGAAAAAGGAAGCAGGGGACCCAAGUCUCGAGUGAAACAGGGUUGCUUUAUUUGCAGAAACACAUGUUUAGUAUAUCUUCAAACAAGGCAGCUUUAGGCAGU